UCCAAUUUUCAUUACAUUUGUUUUAGUAUUCUUUGUAAGAACUAAAAUUCUCUUUUAAAGUACUUAACGCAAUUAGAUAUUUAAAACUCAAAAUCAUUAAUUAAAGUAAAGCAAUCUUACCUGCUGUUUGAGGCACUUUGUGAUAAUCCUCACCACAUUUAACAAUAAAUUAUUAUUAUUAUUACUGUAAACCUAGUUUUAGUCAACCACCUAGCAAAUGCUGGAAAAACUUAGACGCAAGGUUAGCACUGCCCUAACAAGAGGAGGCCCUAAAAAAGGCUCCAAACACUAUAAAACCUUCAAAACACCAUCACCACCACCACCACCACCACUCCAAUCACCUUCACCAUUACUGCCAUUACCAUUGACAUUACCCCAACCAAUAGCACCACCAACAACAACAAUGCCUCACAACACAAAGCACAAUCCUUUUGUGUUCCCACAGGUUCGUUCCAGUGUCCUCCCUGAUCCCUCCAACCUCUUCUCUCCAAACCUUCUGUCUUCUCCUCUCCCUACAAACUCUUUCUUCCAAAACUUUGCUCUCAAAAAUGGUGACCAACCCGAAUACAUUCACCCUUACCUCAUCAAAUGCUCAAAUUCUUCCCUUUCCCUCUCAUACCCAUCUCGCUUUUUCAACUCUUCUUUCAUAUACCAAGUCUUCAACCCUGAUCUCACUAUCUCUUCCUCUAAAGAAUCCAACCUUUCCCAUUGGAACCACAGAAUUUCCUCCUAUAGUGAUCUCAGUGUCACUUUGGAUAUCCCUGAUUCAAAUUUGCGGUUUUUUCUUGUUAGGGGAAGUCCCUUCUUGACCCUUUCUGUGACUCAACCAACCCCUCUUUCCAUCACCACCAUCCAUGCUAUUCUCUCUUUCUCUUCCAGUGAUUCUCUUACCAAACACACCUUUCACCUUAACAAUGGCCAAACUUGGUUCUUGUAUGCAUCUUCGCCAAUCAGGUUGAGUCAUGGCCUUUCUGAGAUCACUACUGAUGAUGCCUUUUGUGGGGUAAUUAGGAUUGCUUUGUUGCCUGAUUCUAAUUGGAACCUUGAGGGUGUUCUUGAUAGGUUCAGUUCUUGUUACCCUGUGUGUGGUGAUGCUGUGUUUGCAAGACCCUUUUGUGUGGAGUAUAAGUGGGAGAAGAAGGGGUGGGGUGAUUUGUUGAUGUUAGCACACCCUCUUCAUGUUCAGCUUUUGUCUGAUAGUGGUUGUGAUGUUACUGUUUUGAGUGAUUUUAAGUAUAGAAGCAUUGAUGGGGAUCUUGUUGGUGUUGUUGGUGAUUCAUGGAUUUUGAAAACAGAUCCUGUUUCUGUGACUUGGCAUUCUAGCAAGGGUGUUAGGGAAGAAUCCCGGGAUGAGAUUGUUUCGGCGCUUUCGAAUGAUGUUGAGGGUUUGAAUUCGUCGGCAAUAACGACAACUUCGUCGUAUUUUUAUGGGAAAUUGAUUGCAAGGGCUGCAAGGUUGGCAUUGAUAGCUGAGGAGGUGUGUUUUCUUGAUGUGAUUCCAAAGGUUAGGAAGUUCUUGAAGGAGACCAUUGAGCCAUGGUUGGAUGGAACUUUUAAUGGGAAUGGAUUUCUAUAUGAUAGGAAAUGGGGAGGCAUUGUUACCAAACAAGGUUCUACUGAUACUGGUGCUGAUUUUGGGUUUGGAAUUUACAAUGAUCACCACUAUCAUUUGGGAUACUUCCUUUAUGGAAUUGCAGUGCUUGCAAAGAUUGAUCCAGUGUGGGGUAGGAGGUACAAGCCUCAAGCCUAUUCACUUAUGGCAGAUUUCAUGAACUUGGGAAGAAGAUCAAACUCUAGUUAUACGCGUUUGAGGUGUUUUGACCUUUAUAAGUUGCACUCUUGGGCUGGAGGGUUAACUGAAUUUGCAGACGGAAGGAAUCAGGAGAGCACCAGUGAAGCUGUCAAUGCAUAUUAUUCUGCUGCAUUGAUGGGUCUGGCAUAUGGUGACACCCAUCUUGUUGCCAUUGGAUCAACGCUUACAGCAUUGGAAAUCCAUGCUGCUCAAAUGUGGUGGCAUGUGAAAGAGGGAGAUAAUCAGUAUGAGGAAGACUUUGCAAAAGAUAACAAGGUAGUUGGUGUUCUUUGGGCUAACAAGAGAGACAGUGGACUAUGGUUUGCACCUCCUGAUUGGAGAGAAUGUAGGCUUGGUAUUCAACUGUUACCGAUACUGCCAAUUUCUGAAGUCUUGUUCUCAAAUGUUGAUUUUGUGAAGGAGCUAGUGGAGUGGACAUUGCCUGCUUUGAAUAGGGAAGGUGUUGGAGAAGGAUGGAAGGGGUUUGUCUAUGCACUUCAGGGAAUUUAUGAUAAUGAAGGUGCAUCGCAGAAGAUAAGAAGCUUAAAUGGUUUUGAUGAUGGGAACUCGUUGACUAACCUCUUGUGGUGGAUUCACAGCCGAGGUGACGAGGAGGAGGAAUUUGGUCAUGGAAAACACUGCUGGUUUGGUCAUUACUGCCACUAGGUAUUGUUAAUGGUUUCAAAUACUUACAGAAGAAAAUAUGUUAUAAUAGUUUCUUGCAUUGUACAUAAAUAAAUCUCUGUAUACCUCUGAGGUCUGUUUCUUAUAAUUUCUUCAUAAGUAAAAUAUGUGUGUGUUGUGGACUUCCGAAUUCAUUCUCUGUCUUUAAUUUUCCAUUGUGUGUUUUUGGCAUUUUCAUGUGUAA